AUGAUGAUCGUCAAUAGCUAUUUGAUUACUCUGCGUCGUGUCCGGUAUCUGCGGUUGCCGCUUAUCGGUACCGCUCAUAAAGUUCAACUCGGGGCAAUGCCCCCACGUAUCAUCAAAGUAAAUGGUUCUGGAACUGCUGCGGUCAUUGACGGUUCGGGAAAACUUAAAGAAGUUUUUGUUUUUCCGAAGUUGAUUCUUCCAAACUUAAAAUUCUUCGGAGACCUUCCAUGGCUUAUCGUUAUACUAGAAGCAGUUUUGAUAGUUUCUGGCAUAGUUGCAUUUUUUGCAUAUCUAAUCACUGCCGGGCAUUCAAAGCUAAUACUGACUACAACAACUCCAAAAAAUGUAGUAAAUACAGCAAACAGACCUAAAGAUUAUUAUAAAGUUUCAAAUUAUCAACGCUUGGAUAUUGCUAAAUUCAAAAAGGUUGCAGUGGUAUCUAAUGGCGCUUUAUGUAAUGAAAUUGGAAGAAAAAUUCUGACGUUAGGAGGAAAUGCUGUAGACAGUGCAAUUGCAACGCUGUUUUGCAUUGGUGCAACCAGUCCACAAAGUAGCGGUAUUGGUGGUGGUCAUUUUAUGACCAUUUAUAAUAGUUAUGGAAGUAAACGAGUUUCUUGGUAUGACCUCAUAAGUCCAACGAUUAUGUUGUGUAAAACCGGAUUUCCCAUUUCCAAGCAACUGGCCGAUGUUCUAAAAAAAGAUAGAAUUAAAAUUAUGGCUGAAAUUUCAAUGAGGCAAGAAAGCUCAACAAUGAGUUUUAGAGAGUUUAUAAAUCCUUCAACUGGAAAUCUUUACAAAGAAGGUGAGAUUAUGUAUCGUAUAAAGUAUGCUGAAACACUUGAACGAUUGGCAGAAGCCGAUGAUCCUGUAGAGUUGUUCUAUAAGGGAGCAAUUGCAAGAGAGAUUGCUCGAGAGAUGAGAGAAAAAGGUGACAUUAUGUAUGUCAAAGAUGCUGUCGAAUUGGCAAGAAAUAUGACAGAGCUUGAAUAUGCAAAGAAUGAGGAAGAUCAUGGUACAUCGCAUGUUUCAGUUGUCGACGAAAAUAGCAAUGCUGUUUCGGCGACUUCAACCAUAAACUGGAGAUUUGGUUCAUUACGGAUGUCACCACAUUUAGGAUUUAUUUGGAACAGCCAACUAAACGAUUUCACUGCUAAUGAAAAUUUUGAUAUAAAAAAGCAGCAGUAUUCUGAGGGUAACAUAAUUCGAGCCGGUAAGAAGCCGAUGAGCAGCAUGAGUCCAACAGUAGUAUACAACCGGAAAACCGGAAAAGUUGCUCUUUCGUUUUCCUUUUCUAUUUUUCAAACAAUUAUUACUAACGCUAUUGCAGCUACGCGUGCCCACCAAUUAGAUAUGCUUAUUUCCGUUCAAACCCCCUCGGAGGUAAAGUUGGUUAUUGGUGCAACUGGAGGUUUAAAGCAAAUUUCAUCAAUAGCAACGGUAGUGAUCCGAUGUCUUUUGCUCAAACAGUCACUGUGUGACGCCAUUGAUACGCCGUAUAUCUACAACCAGUUUUCACCAUAUGUUGUGCAGUACGAGAAGGGAUUUUCACAAGUAAACAUUCUAUCAAUUUUUUUAAAAAUAUUUUUGCCUGUUUUUCCUCUUUUUUUUUUUCAGAAUAAAAAAUAAUU